CUCUGACACACACGAAUAUCUUUGUUUCUUCCCAUCACCAUCACCAUCUCUGCAUUAACUUAUACACCACGAGGAGUGCGUCUCAUACAUUGUGGACCGGGGAAUACAUCCUGUAGAUCUCAGCGAGCCAAUUUGCCACGGUUGCCUUGAAUGAUUCAAGGCCGACGACAGGAGCCGCCUUACCUACGAAACGCAGCCAAUCGUGCUGUGCGUCUUUGAAGUCUGUCCGAUGUCUGAAAUAUUAGACCCAAAGCAGCCCACUGGGACCUCCAAUGGCCCUCGAGAAUUCUUGGUGUCCGUGGAAUUGUAUGUCCCCACUGUGGCGAGUUUUGGGCUGCGGAAGCCAGUAGUUCCUCGCCGUAAAACUGAAACUAGUAAGGCGGAGGAAAACCCCAAGUCACUCAAAGAGAAAUCUAGCUGGAUAUCGGUAGCUCGAACUCCCGCAGGUGCCGGACAGUGGCGGCCUGCGACAUGUAAGCUGAUGGACGAGGAUGAGAGUUGUUCGCUUAACAUCUACGUCGAAGAGACUAUUCUAUACCAGACCAUCUACGUACAUAUGCUCAACCACACCGACAUCCGACUCGCUGACUCCUCGUUAUUCCUACGCAAGAAUUGUAUGGCGCUUGCAUCUGCUGGGGGGCAGCGGUGGGGCUCCUCAGUUAACACAGAGCCUAUUUAUUUUCAAUUUGAAGACCCCGAUAUGUGCAAUACAUGGCUGGUCCUGUUACGAUCAUAUUCUAAACCGGAGAUAUACGGCCAAACCUUCGUCUCACGGGGUGGUGGGCUCUAUCGCAUGUGGCGGCAGGUAGAGCUAUCCAUUUUGCAAGGACGCAACCUAGGGAAUCACUUCAAAGCCCAAACUGAUGCGAAUGCUAGCUCUGCUACACUCAGCGAAGGCGACCCGCGAGAGGCAGACCCCGUCGAUUUGGAUGCAUUUUGCGAAAUCCACCUCAAUGACAAUAUAUGCGCUCGCACGACAGUCAAGAAGGGGAUCGGCUCUCCCGACUGGCAUGAAAAUUUCACAUUUUCUGACUUGCCCCCUUUUGAGACCCUCGAAGUCACAGUGUGGAGAGAGAAGAGGCUUCUGAAACCCAUGUUACUUGGUUCAGUCCGAAUUGCACUGACGAACUUUCGGCGCAGUGAAGCGGUAGAAGGAUGGUUUCCGGUCAUACAAGCUGGCGGAGUGAGCAACAGUAUUCAAGUCGGGGAGAUUCGAAUGAAACUUACAGUUGACGAGGAGAUAAUAUUGCCUCAUAAUAGUUACUCUGACCUUCUGACUGCAAUCCGCGACAGGAACGUCCUAGAGUGGAUGAGCGACUUCGAGCGCAGGCUGCACUUGCGGACUAGUUCCUAUCAGUUGAUGUGUAUUGCGAUUGCCAAGAACAUUCUUGUUGAGCAUAUCACGGAAUAUGCCGACCGUGAAGUUGACGGUACACCUAGCUCUCACAACACCAUUUUCCGCGGGAAUACCACUUUCACGAAGACGAUGGAGCUCGCAAUGGCAUUUUAUGGGAAAGCGUUUCUUGAGUCCAGCAUCGGAAGCACCAUUCGGCGCAUUUGCUCCGAAAAAAUUGCUAUCGAGGUCGACCCUGUGAGGAGUGGCAAAGGUCCAAAAGAGGUCGAACGUGGCGUGGAUCAAUUAAUACAUUGGAGCCAAGAGGUGUGGAACCAGAUAUAUGCUGUGAGGAGCCAAUGUCCGCAUGAGUUACGACGUCUGUUCGAACACGUAAGAAAGCUCGUCGAGAAACGUUAUCACACAAAAGAUUCUCAAGACGCCCAAAGCCGAGAACUCCCCUGGCAAAGCGUUUCCGCCUUCUGCUUCCUAAGAUUUAUUGUACCUGGGAUCUUGCACCCUCAUCUAUUUGGAUUAUACCCAGGUCUUCCCAGUGCUCAUAUUCAACGAAGUCUCACGCUCAUCGCAAAGGUCAUACAAAGUCUUGCGAAUCUUAAUCCCAAUGUACAGAAGGAGGAGUUCAUGCGUGGGAUCAAGGAUUUCCUCAAGCAGAACCUGCCUGCAAUGGUAGACUAUAUCCUGGUCGUAUCGACUCCUAUCCCACUAGAUCCAUAUAGUCCACACUCUGGUCACCCAGCUCACAGCCACCAACGGCUUGAUGUUGUCAGCUCAUUGCACGAGAGAAGUACUACGAUGCCUGUCCUGGAAAGAGAGUCGAUUCCGCUUCUACCUCAUGUGCUUGAUAUUCCAAGGCAUCUAGCUUGUAUCACUUCCUCGGUUCUCCGAAGUGCACGGUCCGCUGACCCGAAGGGCAAAUUUUCUGAAGACAAUCAGCAUCUUUCGGGUCUGUGUGCUCAAUGCUUUGACCUUGAGGAUCAGAGUCUGGCUCGCGUCAGCCAAUUAGCCGCUGUGGAAUCAUAUCCUAUUGCCCUUAAAUGGGACAUACCUCGAAUAACAUCUACAGUCUCUUCCGCUGCUCCUCCAUCCCCGGCCUCACCUUCAAAAAUCGUUGAGCCCCGGAAAGUUUCAAGGCCGUGUACCGCACCAUCGUCGUCUGAUUUGUCUGCAGCGGAUCAUCGAACAGCGUCAUCCGGCAACAGGAUACCUUCAAGUCCCGUCCCUCAUGACCUGUCUAGCCUACGUAGAGGUUCUGUUUCCGAUAUUCCUUCAAGUCCAAAGGUCCUCUCAUCUCCUGAAGACCGAUCUCCACGGGCAAUAAACCGCCCGCGCUUUUUGCGACCUAAGUCAAUAUCAGCUGACUCGAUCUCGUCAUUCGCAUCUCCUGCAGGUGCACAAUCUCUGCGUAGUCCACCCGAACUUCAAGACGAAGCUAGUAGAAAGAGGAAGAACGUGCUACAGGGGAUACUUACGAAGCGAUGAGUGACCAUCAUAUUUAUUGUUUUUUUACAUCCUAUUAUAUUAUGAUUUGUGUACUGUAUGAAGAAUCAGAUAUACAAUCCUCGAAUCCUCGGAAAAUGAAAUCGAGCAAUACAAAUGUCCAC